AUGGCUGCAGUGACAGAUCCCACAUCUUCUACCACUGCUGUUACGGCGGUUACAAAUGCAGGCGCCGAAAUAUCUCAUAAUCAUAAUGAGGAUGGUUCGGUAAAGACCGGUUCCAACACUGCUGGAUCGAGUUGGAAUCCUGCUCGCACAAGAGUCUUUGACGUCUAUAUGGAUAACGGAACUCCACAGACGUCUCAGUUAUUGGAUAUAUUUGCGUGCGAGGAGAAAAAUGGCAAGAAACACCAGCGAGCACCUUCAGAAGAUGUAGAAUUGCAUAAUUCUGGUUCUGGUAGAAGUACGCGGACCUUCUCCGGUGACGUUAUAGAGAAUGUGAAGAAUAAGAGAUUGAAGCUUGGCUCUAGAGAAUCGGUUCUCCCGCUUUCGUUGCCCUCGGUGAAGAGUCCAUACUCUGCUGUAGAGAACACUAGCUCUUCGAAUGGGAGCGGAUUUACUACUCAUAGUUUUGCCAGUGAACAAAUGGCUUUUGCUCAGACUGAUAAAUGGCCAACACAGAUGGAAUCAGCUUUCCUGGCCGCACUAAGAUUGAUCAUCAAAAAUGGUACCUCAAAGUUUAAGAUUCACGACAAGAACUAUGGGAGGAAUGAGUUGAUAUCGUUGUUUGUGCAGUAUCACACUGGUGAGGUACGGACCAAGAAGCAGAUCUCGUCGCACAUCCAGGUUUGGAAAAAAUCCAUCUCGAACAAGGUUUCGAGUAACAUCAAGAUAAAUGAGCUGGAUCAGGAGAUUCUGCGGCUCAUUGAAGAAGGUGCCACUCAGACUAAUAAAUCUUUGAAGCAAUUCUAUUCUACUUUUGAAGAGAUCAUCGCAGCAUUGUCGAAGAAAGAGGAAUCAGAUUUUCAUAAUUCGCCCUCGGAUCGCUUACAACACUACUCGUAUCUGACACCUGCCACCAGUGCUUCUAGCAGUAGGUUACAGCAAUAUACCCCUACAAAUGCAUUAUCUCCGCAACCUUUACAAGAAGCUCAACUGCGAGCUAACACACCAGCAACACCUUUGGACUACGCUAAAUCGAUUUAUGGUAAUUUGAAGACGUACAAAUGUGUACCUGUCAAAGUUCAAGAAGUCAAUAUGUUGCCCCCAGGAUCUAAAUCGCAACAACGUGCAUAUGUGGGUCCAUCUCAAAACGAGGCCAAUACAUCAGUCUUACAAUCGGCAAAGGAUUUGGAGUUACAACAGCGGCAACUAAUCGAAAACUUGUCGCAUGCUCAAACUUCUGUCAAGCUUCCUCCAGUAUCGCCCGAAUUAUACGUAAGAAACAUGCAAGGUCCCUAUCAACCACAGCAACCGAUGUGUGGCCCUCCGUCACAGGGGCUAGCAUCAGCACCUAUUUCGCAUUACCCAAUGGCAAGCCAUCGGUUUCAGCACAAUGUAGACCACGUACCUGCAGGCAUGGUACUACCCCCACACGCAUACUAUCAGCAACCUCAAGUCUACGUACCGAUUUCUGCCACUCAUGGACCUCCAAGCAAUGGUAACAAUUUCCAGUUUUCACGCAUGCCUAUGAAUGAUCUACAACAGCCUCGUAUGCAGAUUUCUACGCCAUCGUCAUCAUCGUCAUCGUCAUCACCGAAAGGAGGUCCCGUUUUUGGGGAGAGAGGUACGGGCCAAAUCAAUGGGACGAAAUAG